AUGGACCGCUACAAUAACGUGAAAGUUUUGCUGAAAAACUGGGAGCAGGGGUUUGUCAAAGAGCACAAGAGAAAACCUAACAAGGAGGACAUUGAUCGGGCUCCAGAGGAGACCAGAAAUUUGUAUAAAGAAUACAGCAGCCUAAAACAAGCCAAAGAGAACAGCAAUGAGGCCGCCAACGGGCAUACUCACAGCCAAAAGGAGUCAGACUCUUGGGGUUCCCACUUGAACCGCAGUGCACUGCCGGCAUCAUCUCCCAAACUGACAUCCCAGGACAGAGACAGUCUGAAAGCAUCUCCUCAGUAUUAUGGCCUAAAGCUUAAAAACAACUUGGCUUCACUCAGCAAGGAGAGGCCUGUCUCACUGAAGAAAAUGCACCGUCCUGGUCGGUUACCUCUGGACUCCUUGAAAGAUGAACAAAGUAUAAGAACAAAGAGCAUCACUUCUCCUGCUGACACUGCCAAGACCACAACCACUGAGUCUGAAUUCAGCCCCUUUUCACCAAGAAUGAAUCCUUGCCUGGGAUCUCUGGCUUCGAAGACGCUCCAAUCAGCGGAGCCUGAGGAGCCGUUUCAACCAUUUGAAACGUUCAGACAGGACAAAGAUGAAGCUGCAGAUGCUGCUGGUGGUGAAAGUGUAAUUGGCUUUAACGGAAGUCCACAGAUUCGUGGAGGUUUCAGAGGAGACAGAGGCCUUGGUGCAAGGCCUUCUCCUGCCAGCAGGCUGAGCCUUGUUGACAGGAAGUGGCUAGAGAGGUGUCAGGUGUUUGGAGAGAUGGGAGCAGAGGAGAAGCCUGGAGCAGGCAACCAGGAGAUGAAUCAAAAAGAAGGGGUUGGCAAAGAGAAAAGGAAGGGACAGGAGGAGAUGGAAAGAGGACAGAUGUCACAUAUAACAGCUGAUGAUGACAAUGAAAGCAGUCCAAAAACUAAAGCUUCAAAAAAUAGGGGGAAGAAGAGGCAGCGAGAAGUGGGUGACACAGAGGGAAACACUACAGAAGAAGGAGGAGUAAAAAAGAGGCGGAGGGGUGGUAGAAAGAAAGAGGAGAGCUCAGACGUUAGCCCCAGCUCAGCUCACGGAGGAGCAGGAAAGAAAAAGAGAAGCAAGAAAAAAGAAGGUGAUGGAGAGGGUGAAGGAGAGGAAGAAACCAAGGGACCAACAAAGAUGCCCCAAGAGAACUUGUUUGGAGACAUAGAAGAAGAAUUUGGAGUUAACAAAAUCUGUCGGACACAGUCUGCUAGAGCCAGAGUCACAAAAGGAGCCGAGGGUAACUUUGUGAAAAUAAACCUGAAGAAGAAAUCUCAUGUCAAAGGCUAUGCCCUGAGAGGGAUUGCUCUGCGCAGACAGUUGUACAUGCAGAAGUUCCAGCUGAAGGGAGAGCGUUUCGGUGGAGGUGGUGGAUAUUUUGGCAGAGGAAGAUGGGGGGGCUUCAGAGGGGGUUUCAGAGGGGGCCUCAGUCGACAGGGUGACACCUGCUACAAAUGUGGAGGGACCGGACACUGGGCUAUUGACUGCAAAGGACGAGCCCCUCCACCUCCUGUUGCUGACGAUAAGGCGGCUGAGGAGGAGCCGUUUGAAUUGCCCACCCUGGAGGAAGUUGCCAGGGCAACUGGGACGCUACAACCUCAGCCACAGGUGGCAGCAUCCACUUUUAAAGAGGAGCAGCAUGAUCAGGAAAAGGAAGUGGACAGUAAGCGUAAAGAUGAAGUGCUGCUGAAUGUGAUUCGCCCUGAUUAUGAACGACCUCCUCCUCCACCACCCAUGGAACCGCUUUAUGAGCUCGCAGAGGAUGGAAAAGUCCAGGAAACACCUGAAGAUGUUUAUUCGGCUCUAAGAGAUCUUGGCUAUCAGUCAUUUCGACCAGGACAGGAGGAAGCCAUCAUGAGGAUCCUGUCGGGUCUGUCUACCCUCGUAGUGUUAUCAACAGGGAUGGGCAAAUCGUUGUGCUACCAGCUCCCAGCUUACCUCUAUGCUCAGAGAUCCAAAUGCAUCACUUUGGUCAUAUCACCUCUCGUCUCUCUAAUGGAUGACCAGCUGUCUGGCCUGCCAGCCAAGCUGAAGGCGGCCUGUAUCCACUCCAAUAUGACAAUGAAACAGCGAGAAGCAGCGAUAGAAAAGGUGAAGUCAGGCCAGGUAUGUCUGCUGCUGCUCUCUCCAGAGGCCCUAGUUGGGGGAGGAGGUUCAGGUUCAGGGUGUCUUCCUUCUGCUCAGGAGCUCCCUCCUGUGGCCUUCGCUUGUAUAGAUGAAGCUCAUUGUGUCUCAGAGUGGUCCCACAACUUCAGACCCUGCUACCUAAGACUCUGCAAGGUGUUACGAGAGCGUCUGGGAGUACGAUGCUUGCUAGGACUCACAGCUACAGCCACUCUGUCCACUGCUCUGGACAUUGCUAAACAUCUGGAAAUCAGUGAUCAAGCCGGCAUUGCUGUCAGAUCUGCAGCUGUGCCUCCAAACCUGAAUCUUUCUGUGUCCACGGAUAGAGAAAAGGAUCAGGCUUUAGUCUCCUUGUUGAAAGGUGAUCGGUUUGGUUGUCUUGACUCGAUCAUCGUCUACUGCACCAGAAGAGAGGAGACGGUGCGUGUGGCGGCACUCCGAACCUGCCUUCAAGGGGUGCUGUUAAAAGAAAACAAGAAGAGCAGCAGCCAGUCAGAAAACAAUCCUGUAGGGCAGAGAAAGAAAGAACUGGCUCGGAAGAAGAUUCGUAAACCGCUGAAAUGGCAGGCUGAAUCGUACCACGCCGGCCUGUCGGGGUCAGAGCGGCGACGCGUGCAGAACAACUUCAUGUGCGGAGAGCUCAGAAUCGUGGUGGCCACAGUGGCGUUUGGCAUGGGCCUGGAUAAA